AUGCGCUGCGGCUACUGCUACGGUGCGGGUUCCACUUACAUCGUCGCGCUCGCCGGCACGAGGGGACUCGAGCACGAUGGGCGAAUGCCCGCUUGUCUGCUACACAGCGUUCUCUUGCGACGCAACCCAUGGAGGAGGAGGAACGUCGGCACCUCGUACGCCCGAUCAGCGCGCACGCACCGUCCGCCUGGGUUUCUGGCAAUGCAUGGAAUCACGCACCUGGUGCAGCAGCGGCGUUCCCCCGACAUGUGUGCUACCGACGACGCCGCCGCCGCCAAUCGUACGAAGGUCGCGGCGCGCUCGCUUCAGCAAACACCUCGCACGGUGCACGAUGCGCCCGGAGGCCGGCGGGCUGUCAUUGCGCUGACGAGCGAGGGGUAUAAGAGCGCGUGCUGGGGACCCAGCGAGGCCAUCGGUAAGUCGUCUGCUCCUGGUCUAAGAAAGUGCGAGAGUACUAACCGUAUCCUACAGAGUGGCACGUCGAGCGAGCGGGCUGUCGUCAACACCCAGCGUCGAGUGAACGACGACCUCGAUGGACGCGACCUGCGUCGAGUUACAGAGAUCGUCGACGUUGCGCACGACGUUGGCCACACGGCCGGACCUGGCAAACACGCGGAUGAGCGUUGCGUCGAUGGCUGUGGAUGGGCGAGGACGUCCCGCGUCGGAGUGUGUACGGUAGCAGAUGGCGACGGACGCGUGGAGCUUUGGGUAGGCGUUGGAAUGCGCAUGGGUAACGUCGAAUGCAGGGGGAUGUACGCCGAGGAUGCACGUUCGGCUGGUGGCGGGAUGUCAUCGCGUACGCAACCAGUGUUGAGGACGGCAGAUACAGAGCCGAACGCGUUCGUGCAUCGCGCGAGGGAGAGCCUGAGAGGGUGCGCGGCGACGCGCGGCGCAGAUGUACUGCUCGCUGAGGAGGGAAUGAGCCUUGGAAGGCCGGCGAGCCAGACGACACGCAGGGCGUAUGCACUACAACUCGUGCUGUUCAACGCGAUGAGCCGGGAGAAGGCGUUGAGAGACGAGGCUCGCGCACAGAACUCGCCUGGGCAGGCCGCACUGAAUGCCGCGUAG